UACAGUUCAGUAGAUACAAGCCCUCUCAGUAAUUAUGUUAUGCACCCUUUUUGGAAUCAAGCUGUUAAAUUAUGCAAUCAAAAUGUAAUUUUAAUUACAUGCAUUUUAUUUUUAGAUGGUAUAGAUGGCAAACAUGCACGCCGAACUAAUUCCAGUGGUCCUCUUGGUGAAUUGAUGGACCAUGGGUUAGAUAGUUGGGCAGCUUUGUUCAUGCCAACUUGCUUAUAUUCAGUGUUUGGUCGAGGUGAAUACAGUUGCAGUCCUCUCCGUGUCUACUUUGUAUUAUGUUGUGUCAACUUUUGUUUCCUGCUUUCCCACUGGGAAAAAUAUAAUACUGGAAUUCUUUAUUUACCCUGGACAUAUGAUAUUUCACAAAUUGUAUUAUUAGCAUCAUUUUUGAUAACAUAUUUUAAAUCAUAUAAAUUUUUCAAAUUCACUAUUUUAAACUUUGGAAGUGGGGAGUUUGUUGAAAUUUUAAUAUAUGUUUUUUGUAGUGCAUAUAAAACUCAGACAUUGAAGCAAAAAUCAAUUAGUGAAAGUUUACGUCCUUUAUUGCCUGUUACAUUACUUUUUAUUUUAACAACAAUUUGGGCUUUAUUUUCUCCAAAUGAUAUAAUAAAUAAAGAGCCACGAAUGUUCUAUUGGAUGACAGGAACUGUUUUCUCUAAUAUAGCAUGUAGUUUGAUAAUAAGUCAGAUGACAUCUACAAGAUGUGAAGCUUCAAAUUGGCUACUUUAUCCAGUAGGAAUUGUAAUGCUUUUAGUAUUUGGUUUGCCUCAAGUGGGAGAGAAAGAAAUUUUUCUAUUGAGGAUAUUAACCUUAUUUACUGUGUUAGCACACAUUAAUUAUGGUGUACAUGUGGUGCGUCAAAUGUGUCGUCAUUUUAAAAUAUACUGCUUCUCUUUAAAAAAAGUGCCAGCAGAUUGACUUGAGAUGUAAGACAAAAAAAGAAUAAUACUAUAUGACAUUAUAUCUGCUGCAAUUGAAAAAUGUUUUUCUUAAGAUAAAUGUGGGUGCAUCAAAGGUAAUGCAGAUCAUCUAGAAUUUUUCAAGCAGCAUAUUUGUGGAAUUUUUCAGGCAACAUAUAUUUGAAUUUUCUAUUCAAAGACAAUGAAGUAUGCCAAAAUAUUUAGUUUUAAGAAGUGGUCCAUUUAACAUUCUGUAGAAAGCUUUUACUUUCUACAAAUUAUACCACAAAUUCACCCUAAAGUUUUCAUAUAAAAGCUUAGAAUCAAAGUGUUAUUUUUUUAACUGUCAUCCAUCUCAAAAUUGAUGCACAUCAUGAAUGUUUCCUAUCCUUGUCCAUACCGUAAUUUAAUGCACAACUUCUAUGACGAUGUGAGAAUUUACAGUUAAGAUAUGUUCGUAUGCAUUUCAGAGAUUAUAGAUGUUGAAGAAAGUUUUAUUAUUGAAAUAAUAAUAAUAUGAUGUUAUGGCCAUUCCAAAUAUUUAUCAUUAGUUUUAAUUGCCAUUUAUUAUCAUUAUACAGACAACAUAUAAUUUGUAAUUAAUCAUGCAAUUAUAAAAUGUCUUCCCUUGUAAUAUUAUUUUGAUUGAAUUAAUGUAUUCAAAAUUAAUGUUUGAAAAACUAUACUUGUAUUUCUGUUAUACUUCUAGAAGAUUCUAAAUACGCCUAAUAUUAUUGUAGUAAGUAAAUGUUUUUUUAAUAACUGUUUUGGAAAUCAAUGAAUUGAUUUAUACUUUUAGAUAUACAAUGUAUUGAGAAGUUGCAUUUGCUAAUUCUUGAUAUUGUAUUUACAGGUGUAUUUUAUAUUAUCAUUAAUCCCAGUUAUUUGUCUUCCUUAUAAAAGAUUUUGAAAUUCACAAUAUACUAAUCCAAAUCUCCGUUCAUUGUGUUCUUGAAUAUAUUAAACAAAGUCAAGUCUUUUUAUUCAAGAACAUUAUCUUCUAUCAAUUUUCAUGUGAAUCUUGUGUUAAUUAUAUAAUUUUCGAAAAAAUAUUUCUUUAUUAAGAAAAUCUAUAUAUCUUUUUCUUAAUCCUGUUUUUCAUUAAUACAUAUUCUUAAAAUAUACAUUAAUAAAUUAUCAAAUUUAAGUUUGAUAACAUCAUUUUUAUUUAACUGUCUUUGUAUGUCUAAUUGCAUUGCUUUAUAUAAUGUCAUAUGUUUAUCAUGGUCUUCAAAUAAAACACUUUAUUAAGUGUUUUUUAUUAAAAAAUAUAAGUUUAUAUUUGUUUCUUUGAUAAUGAAUUUACAUA